AUGUGGGUUAGAAUAGUUCAAACAUUCGUUUACUAUACGAUUUUAGUGUUUCUUCAAUUGUGUUUAGUGCAAUGCCACGUACCUAACUAUAUAUCUACACCGUCAAGUAAGGUGGAACAACACUGUAUUUUAUCAGAAUCAUGCGUCCACGAUACAAUAGCUGUAUGUGGCCUCAAUGGAGAUAAAAAGAGAAGCUUCCUUGAUCUGUGUGACAUGCUGGAGUUUACCUGUGACACAAACCAAAUAUAUGUACAUAUUGAUGAUGAAGCAGGAUGCCCGACAGAAAGACCUAGAAAAUGA